AUGGAUGUUGUCGUAUUCUCUGAAACAAAGAAGAAAGGCCAAGGAGAAGAAGAACUGGAUAAUUAUGAACAUAUCUGGAGUGGGAUAUCAAAAGCAGUGAGAGCCAAAGCAGGAGUCUCCAUUAUGAUAAAGAAAUCAUGGAAAAAAGAAUCACAAAUUGGACAUUCAUCAAUCAACGUAGUUGAGAUUAUUGGCGCAUAUGCACCUACGAACGACACAAAAGAUAAGGAGAAGGAUACAUUCUGGGCCACCCUCAGGGAGACUAUUGAAAAAAUCCCAAGAAGAAAGGAACUGAUUAUCAUGGGAGACAUGAAUGGAAGAGUAGGAAUUAGAGAAUCCUGUAAAAUAGCAGGAAAACAUGAAGAGGAAGAAUAUAAUGACAAUGGGGAACGAUUGAUUGCAAUUUGUGAACAAUCUGAUCUAAAAAUUAGCAACACAUUUUUCAGACACAAGGACAGAACACUAAAGAACUUCGUUCUAUAA